UUUACAUAAUCCCAUUUACAAAACUAGCCUAUCACAGAGACCUUCAUUGUGCAGCUAUUGCGUAACAAAUGUAAGAGUAUCCCGGACUGAAUUAUUGCCCCAGUAAAAGUCAGUCUGAACAGGCUGAGACAUCUGGGUCACACCAAACUACAAAUGUAAGUACCAUUUUAGGAAAACUUUUCCUCACUGGUUUGGCCGGAAAGGCAAGGAAUGUGUUUACAUUUGUGAAAGCCAGAAGCUGUUGAACUCUGCUCUAUAUCACUGCAGUCCUCCACGGAUUUAUGUUCUCUUACAGAAUAAGACUUGUUUAUUCUAGAGAAAAGUUUACGGUUUUGUCCGCUGACCGCAUGUGAUCUUCUAAUACAUGCCUUAAGAGUAAAGGCUUAUACUCAGGGUUUCUACUGCUACUGUACGCAUUACGAGAGAGUUCAGUGAGGGUUGUCCACCAUGUUGGAGGCGUUAGUCUGUCUGGUGGGACAGUGGAUCGAUACCAAGGGGGUCCUCCUGUUCCUCUUGGUUCUGUUGGCGACCAAGUACAUCCAUGAUCUGCCUCCUAAGAACUACCCACCAGGCCCCUUCCCCCUGCCUUUUGUUGGGAAUAUGCUGAAUAUCAGCAUCAAGGACCACAUAGGCUCCUUUAAAAAGUUUGUAGAGACCUAUGGGGAUGUGACUACAGUAGACCUGGGUGGAGGGAACCGCUGUGUGCUCCUCUCAGGUCUCCGAGGCUUUAAGGAAGCCUUUGUGGAUCAGGCCGACGCCUUCACCGAUCGGCCAUCUUACCCCCUGAACGACAGGAUAAGCAGAGGCUUGGGCCUGAUCUCCUCUAACGGUCACAUGUGGCGGCAGCAGAGGCGCUUUGCCGUGUCCACGCUCAAAUACUUUGGAGUGGGGAAGAAGACCCUGGAGACCUCCAUCCUCCAGGAGAGCCACUUCCUGUGUGAUGUCUACUUGGCAGAGAGAGGCCUGCCCUUUAACCCUGAAGACGUCACCAACAAUGCAGUGGCCAACAUCGUUUGCACCCUGGUGUUUGGUUGUAGGUUUGAAUACAACGACCACCACUUCCACCACAUGCUGAAAUGCUCCGAGGACGUUUUACAGCUGCCUGCUACCUUCUGUGGACGGAUGUAUAAUCAGUUUCCCACACUGAUGCACUAUUUGCCUGGGAGGCACCAAUCAGCCUUCAUCAACCUUGGUACCAUAAAGCAGUUUAUCAGAGAGGAAGUAGAGAAACACAAAGAGGACAGGAACCCGUCCAACCCCAGAGACUACAUAGACUGUUACCUGGAAGAGAUAGAGAAGAAUCAGGAUGGGGCGGCUGGCUUCACUGAGGAGAACCUGCUGCACUGCGUGGUGGAUCUGUUUGGAGCCGGGACAGAAACAACGUCCAACACCCUUCUCUGGGCAAUGCUGUACAUGGCCAAGUACCCUGACAUUCAAAAGAAGGUGCAAGCGGAGAUCGAUGAGGUCAUAGGUUCGGCACGCCAGCCCUCAAUGGACGACCGAGCCAACAUGCCGUAUACCUAUGCUGUGAUCCAUGAGAUCCAGAGGUUUGGGAACAUUGUCCCCUUCACGCCUCCCAGAGUGGCCAAUAAGGACACCACCGUGGCGGGGUAUCUAGUGCCCAAGGGAAUGAUGGUGCUUCCAAUGUUAAAACCAAUCCUACAGGACAGAAAUGAGUAUGCAACCCCUAAUCAGUUCAAUCCUGGACAUUUCCUGGAUACAAAUGGAAAAUUUGUCAAAAAAGACAAUUUUAUCCCAUUUUCUAUAGGUAAGAGGAUGUGUCCAGGGGAGCAGCUGGCCAGGAUGGAGCUGUUUCUGUUCUUCACCUUUCUGCUCCAGAGGUUCACCUUCACACCUCCACAGGGCUGGGAGCUGGGCCUGGAGGGCCAGGUGGGCAUCACCAGUAGACCAAAGCCCUUCAAAAUCUGUGCCUUGCCUCGAUGAGACACCUUGGGUGAAUCUCUAUUGUAUUUUGUUGAUUCCUUGUGUUCUGUCUCCUUGCCUCCUUCUCAAGAUAUAUUGGAGGAGAAGAUCUGAGGGGAGGAACCUCAUAUAUUUUGCUCCAAUGUGCCUUGAGAAGGAGACGAGGAGGGAGGAUGUGUGGAAUCAAGAAAAUUUGAUUGAUAUGAAUUCCUUGUGCUUUGUGUAGGACUAGGCCCUGCAUGAACUGGUUGAUGAAGGUGAAUAGCAUUGUUUGUCAAACCUGUCUAAAAUAUUAUGAAUUUUGUAUGGUAGUAGAGGUGGAGAGAAUUCCAGCAUACAGCUGGUGCAUCAUGACGUUUAUAUUGUAAGAGUGGUGUAUUAGAAUUGCAUUCAAAUUCUUUCUUAAUUUUAUUUUACUGGAAAUGAUAUUUCUGGAAGACAUUGUAUACAAAAUGUGUUUACUUUACUUAUUUACUUCCCUGAAAAACAAAACACAGCAUUCUUUUUUAGCUUGAACAUACUCUGCUCCUGUAAGGUGCCAGGUAAAGUCAAAAUAGCACCUCAACGAUAUAUAAUCAGAGUUCAGAAUAUAGUUCAAAGGUCAGUCAAGGCAAGUCCUUUUUAUCUAUACUUAUCUUAAUCAUACUUAUUUAAUAUCUUCUGCAAUACUGUAUAUCUCAAAUGAACACAUGAAUGAAAAGCAGUCUCUCCAUUUCAUAAAUCAACAAUAAAAAUAAAAAUAAUCCCAUUCAUUCAGA